UCCAAAUAAUUUGAAAUUUUUUUAUUUUAACUAUACUAGUGACUAUUGAUAGUAACAGAUGGAACCAAUAGAUGGGGCAUUCUUUUUUUUCUAACCCAAAAGACGAGCAAUAUUGAGUCUUUGUACAGGAAAGACAUGCCAACUUUUUCAAUGUUCAUUCUUGUCCAUCAUUUUCUCUUACAAAAACAAAUAAUGAGAAGGUUCAAUAAUUUAAGAAGAGAGUUGCGGUUUGUUUGUGUUAUAAAUGUCCAAAACAUAAAAUGAUAAUUUAUUGAAUGCGCAGUUAAAUCAAACUAAAUCUUUAAAACUAGUACCUUUUUUCAGGGAAAAUAAAAAUUAGAGUAUUUGGUUUGAGGUGUUCUAAUUUAGGAUUUUUUUUUUUUGUUUAUUUGUUUAUUAUUCAUUAUAACAUUUUUUUUUAUAUUUAAUAUUUAGCUUAUUGAAUUUUAGACUUGGAAAGUUUAGGACUGCACAGAUAUUCCAUAAAGACUUGGAAAUCUGGCAGUCAUCUAGCAACUGCAUGGAAAUGUAUUUGUCUUCCGGCAGGAUAAUAUAUCAUAUAUAGCUAACAUGUGUUUACAUGGCGUUGUAAAAUUUGCAGUGAAGCAAAGGAAAAAAUAACCAUUAUGGCCACAUCUAUCUUGAAAAAUAAAGCCCUGUUCCUUAUUUCUCUUGUCCUGUUUAUUCUGUUACAUUCAGCGUUUAACAUUGCUUCUGAUUCUGCCGAACAAGCAAAUUCUCUUCUGAAAUGGGCCGCAACUCUUCAUAACCAAAAAUACUCCAACCGAUCUCCAUGGCCUCUCCUUCCUGAAAAUUCCACCAAUCCCAAUGCAAAAACAAGCCCAUGCACUUGGCUUGGACUUUCUUGCAACCGUGGAGGAAGUGUUGUUAGAAUAAACCUUACUACUUCUGGUUUAAAUGGUACGCUCCAUGAACUGUCUUUCUCAGCUUUUCCUGAUCUUGAAUUUCUUGACCUCAGCUGUAACUCCCUCUCUAGCACAAUCCCACUUGAAAUCACUCAGCUGCCCAAACUCAUUUUUCUUGAUUUGUCCUCUAAUCAGCUGUCUGGCGUUAUUCCACCAGACAUUGGCCUCUUAACAAAUCUUAACACCUUACGCCUUAGUGCUAAUCGUUUGGAUGGCUCAAUCCCUUCUUCUGUGGGUAAUUUGACUGAGUUGGCAUGGUUGCAUCUCUAUGACAAUCGAUUUUCUGGUUCCAUUCCUUCAGAAAUGGGAAACUUGAAAAACUUAGUUGAACUUUUCAUGGAUACGAACCUUCUUACAGGUUCCAUCCCUUCUACAUUUGGGAGCUUGACAAAGCUAGUUCAGUUGUUUCUUUACAACAAUCAACUUUCUGGUCAUAUUCCUCAAGAACUCGGAGACUUAAAGUCUCUAACCAGCCUAAGCCUUUUCGGAAACAAUCUUUCUGGCCCGAUUCCAGCAUCACUAAGCGGUCUAACAAGUCUUACCAUUCUUCAUCUCUAUCAAAAUCAACUCUCUGGCACCAUUCCUGAGUUAGGAAACUUGAACUCUCUUUCUAAUUUAGAGCUGAGUGAGAAUAAACUUACUGGCUCUAUUCCUGCUUCAUUAGGUAAUCUGAGCCGGUUAGAAUUAUUAUUUCUCAAAAACAACCAACUCUCAGGUCCAAUUCCUGAACAAAUAGCAAACCUAUCAAAGCUGUCUCUACUUCAACUACAAAGCAACCAGUUGACAGGUUAUUUGCCCCAAAACAUCUGUCAAAGCAAAGUGCUUCAGAAUUUUAGUGUCAAUGACAACCGUCUCGAAGGUCCGAUUCCCAAAAGCAUGAGAGAUUGCAAAAGCCUUGUCAGACUCCACCUAGAAGGAAACCAAUUCAUUGGAAAUAUAUCUGAAGAUUUCGGUGUCUAUCCAUACCUUCAAUUUGUUGAUAUAAGAUACAAUAAAUUCCACGGGGAAAUAUCAUCUAAAUGGGGAAUGUGUCCUCAUUUGAGCACUCUAUUGAUUUCAGGAAACAAUAUUAGUGGUAUCAUACCACCAGAGAUUGGAAAUGCAGCUCGGCUACAAGGGCUUGAUUUCUCCUCCAAUCAACUAGUUGGUAGGAUUCCUAAGGAGUUGGGAAAGUUGACUUCUUUGUUGCGAGUGAAUUUAGAAGACAAUCAGCUGUCUGAUGGUGUACCUUUAGAAUUCGGAUCAUUGACUGAUCUUGAGUCUCUGGACCUGUCCGCCAAUAGAUUCAAUCAAUCAAUUCCAGGAAACAUUGAAAACUUAGUUAAACUAAACUAUCUAAAUUUGAGCAAUAAUCAGUUUAGCCAAGAAAUUCCAAUCCAGUUGGGGAAGUUAGUUCACUUGUCUAAGCUGGACUUGAGUCAGAACUUUCUCAUAGGAGAGAUACCAUCAGAAUUGAGCGGCAUGCAAAGCCUGGAGGUGUUAAAUCUCUCUCGCAAUAAUCUCUCUGGUUUUAUACCAGGCGAUUUAAAGGAAAUGCACGGCUUGUCGUCAAUCGACAUAUCGUACAACAAAUUGGAAGGUCCCGUUCCUGACAAUAAAGCAUUUCAGAAUUCUUCAAUAGAAGCAUUUCAAGGGAACAAAGGAUUGUGUGGACAUGUUCAAGGACUGCAACCUUGCAAACCUUCUUCGACAGAGCAAGGCAGCUCAAUAAAAUUCCAUAAAAGGUUGUUUCUUGUCAUUUCCCUUCCUCUUUUUGGAGCUUUCUUGAUUCUCUCCUUCCUCGGAGUUCUUUUCUUUCAAUCAAAGAGGUCAAAGGAAGCUCUUGAAGCAGAAAAAAGCAGCCAAGAGAGCGAGGAAAUACUUUUAAUAACAAGUUUUGAUGGUAAAAGUAUGCAUGAUGAGAUCAUAGAAGCUACCGAUAGUUUAAAUGAUAUAUACUGCAUUGGAAAGGGAGGAUGCGGCAGCGUGUACAAAGCCAAAUUGUCAUCAGGAAGCACAGUGGCCGUAAAGAAACUUCACCAGUCUCAUGAUGCUUGGAAGCCAUACCAAAAGGAGUUCUGGAGCGAGAUAAGGGCAUUAACUGAAAUAAAGCAUAGAAACAUUGUAAAAUUUUAUGGUUUCUGUUCAUAUUCAGCGUACUCAUUUUUGGUCUAUGAGUGCAUCGAAAAAGGGAGCUUGGCCACAAUUUUGCGCGACAAUGAAGCAGCUAAAGAAUUGGAAUGGUUUAAGAGGGCAAGCAUAAUCAAAGGUGUUGCUAAUGCCCUAUCAUAUAUGCAUCAUGAUUGCUCACCACCGAUUGUUCAUCGAGAUAUAUCAAGCAAAAACAUAUUGCUAGAUUCUGAGAACGAAGCCCGUGUAUCUGAUUUCGGAAUUGCUAGAAUUCUGAAUCUUGAUUCAUCCCAUCGUACUGCCCUGGCAGGCACAUUCGGAUAUAUGGCUCCAGAGCUAGCUUACAGCAUAGUCGUGACAGAGAAAUGCGAUGUAUACAGCUUUGGGGUGCUAGCAUUAGAAGUGAUCAAUGGAAAGCAUCCAGGAGAAAUCAUAUCUUCUAUCUCCUCUUCCUCCUCAACCAGGAAGAUGCUACUGGAAAAUAUUGUAGACCUGAGGCUUCCAUUUCCUUCACCAGAAGUUCAAGUUGAAUUGGUAAACAUAUUGAACCUUGCAUUUACAUGCCUGAACUCCAAUCCACAAGUUCGACCGACCAUGGAAAUGAUUUGUCAUAUGUUAUAAGCUAAAUAAUAAGUGUUAGUUGUAGUUGAGUUUGCUCUGCUUGUAUACAUUGGAGUUUCAUGUUAGGUUCAACUAAGCUCCAUCUUUU